UUCCUCAUGCUUUGUCAGUAUCCACACAAAUCUUACUCAAAUAGCAAAUUUACACUUAAAGACUAUAAAUGUUUCCAGUCAACCGUUUUGUAAGUGGAAAUUAGCUUGAACUUGCAGAUCUUUAGAAAAAUAAAAACAGGUGGGGAAACAUUUGUGUGAUGGUACAGGUAAUUGUUCCAUUCCAUACCGGUGUCUGCUCAGGGUGUCACUAGAGGGAUUCCCCACUGCAACAGUGUGUGGGUGCUGAGUUUCACAGAAACGAACGCCCAAAUGCUGUGCAUCUCCUUUUGAACCUCACACAGCCCGAGAGGCUCCUCCCUGCAACAAAUCAAGAUGUGAUAACAUUUAAGAAUAGGACCCCGAUAGCUUCAAAACAGAUUUCAGCGGCGGACGUUACACAUUCAAAGGUAGGCAGCAGCACUUUCCUUGAAAUGAAUGGCUAUAUUUUCAUCAUGAUAACUGAUAAAAAAUGAUUUAAUUUAUCGAAUAGAAAAUGCUUGAUGUCAGUCAUCAUCAUUCUGAAUAUUACAGAAACUACUUGUAAAUGUGCUAUUGAUCUGGUAAUCAUAUAACUCUUACUCACAAUUUUAUUAUACUCCAGCAUGUAUUGCAGUUGUGUUUAAACUCUAGAAGUAUUUAAUUUUAGCUACAAGUGAUGUUUUUAUUCAUGCAUGUAUCUAAAGAUGAGUCACAUUUCUUUUCAAUGACAGAAAAGAACAUCAGGCCAAACGUGAUUAAGAUAGUUACUCAUUUCUGCUGCCACCCCUGCAUCCUUAUCUUGUAAAUGAGCAUGGGCAAAAGGGGCAAAGCUGUUGCUUGACAAAAUAUAUUUAAAAUGAUUCCUAAUAUUGCUGCAGAGGAGAGGCUAUGUAGAGCUCUAAUAACUAAUUCAACAAAAAAUUGCAAUAAUGAUUAUUAUUUGGAACUGUUUAUAUUCUCUGGUUCAGGAAAGGACUAAGUCUUAGAGUAAAAAUCCAAAGCUAGACUAGAACUGCUCCUUGAUAUGUCCACAGUUCUGGUAUGUAUGCUGUUCUUUUAUUAUUACUUUAUUUUGCAGAGAUGAACCUGGAUGAGGACAGUGGCCUGUCAGUCAGUUGCGGCAAUGGCAAAUUGAGACAGUGGCUCAUUGAUCAGAUCGAGAGCAGGCGAUAUCCCGGCCUGGUUUGGGAAAACAAUGAGAAAACCAUCUUUAGGAUUCCAUGGAAACAUGCAGGAAAACAAGACUAUAACAGAGAGGAGGAUGCUGCACUCUUCAAGGCAUGGGCAUUGUUCAAGGGGAAAUAUAAGGAAGGUGUGGACAAACCUGAUCCCCCCACAUGGAAAACCAGACUACGCUGUGCCCUUAAUAAAAGCAAUGACUUUGAUGAACUAGUAGAAAGAAGCCAACUGGAUAUCUCAGAGCCGUACAAAGUCUACCAAAUCAUUCCAGAGGGAGCCAAAAAAGGCAUGAAGAUGAGCAGUAUGGAGGAGACGGCAUCACAUGUAAAUGCCCUCGGCUAUAUUCCUCCAUAUACGCCACUGCACAACCAGGUUCCCACUUUUAUGGUUUCUCAGGAGAGAAGGGACUGGAGAGAUUAUCACGCACCACCAGAACAGCAGCCUCUUCCUGCUACACAUCACCAUGGACCACAUGCAGAGCUGCAGUAUGGUCAGUGCCACUACCCUUCACCCAUCAGUCGAGCUUGGCCUGGCUCACACACAGAAAAUGGUUUUCAACUGUCCUUCCACACCUACUUUUCAGAAUCUCAAUCGUCUGUGUAUGCCAUGGACCACAACAAUGCUAUAACAGAUCUCAGCCUGCAUGUGUCUCUAUUCUACCGAGAGUCUCUAGUGAAGGAAGUUACCACCACCAGCCCAGAAGGUUGUCGGAUCACCUCUUCCUCCUCAUCCUCUCCAUCCUCUUCCUCCUCUUCUUCCCCGUGCCCAGAGGACAAGUUUCACAGUGGGGCAGAAAUCAUCCUUUUCCCUUUCCCAUACCCCGAGUCUCAGAGACAGGGUGCCGAGAUGCUUCCCAACAUACUGGAGAAGGGGGUGCUUCUGUGGAUGGCGUCUGACGGGCUGUACGCUAAGCGCCUGUGCCAGGGACGAGUAUACUGGGAAGGACCUCUGGCUCCAUAUAUGGAUAAACCCAACAAGCUGGAGAAGGAGCAGCCGUGCAAACUGUUUGACACCCAGCAGUUCCUUAUUGAGCUCCAAGAUUUUGCCCACAGUGGUCGCCAUUUGCCGAGACACCAGGUGGUGCUGUGUUUUGGAGAUGAGUAUCCUGAUCCACAGCGCCCGAGGAAGAUGAUCACAGCACAGGUGGAGCCAGUGUUUGCCAGGAAACUGGUGUACUAUUACCAGCAGAACAAUGGUCUCUACCUACGGGCCUAUGAUCACAUCCAGGAACAGAACACCUCCGCAACAGCUGACUACCCUUCCCAAAGACCGCUACAGCACAUUCAGGAGUGACAAGCAUUCAAACACACAUGCAGGAGGGCAUGAAUGUGAAGCUCUGUCCUUUUAGCAUGCCUUGUGACUGCGUUCUCAUGUACUGUACGGUAGAAACUGUCAUGGUUGCUAAGGAGGGGUAGAUAUGGGGAAGACCCUGUCAUUUUCACGUGCACACCUAUGCGUCGUAAUGUUUGUGUCUGGGACUGUGAAGUUACUUUUUUUUUUUCUACAAAUAUUAUUGUGAGAGUGUGAAGGAUGCGGUUUGAGGGUGGGGGGGAUGAAGGGAGCGGAGGGCAGCAGAGACAGGAAGUACUAGCACAGGUGCACAGGAAGAAUGGCCCCUUAGACAAAACACAGACACGUCGAAGGGACAAAACAGCAUGAAUGAAUAUUUAUUUUUCACAGGUAACAGUUGAUUAUGUGAUUAUUGCACUCACACUGCUUUUUCUACUUUUCCUUUUGACACGGCUGUCUCUGUGGUUCAAAACCUUUGUCACCUGCAGUACUUCGUAUACAAAGUCAAAAAUAUUUGCGUAGAAGACAAAGUGAACAGUAAACACUGUCAGUGCUUAGUCCACUUCCUUCUUCAGUUCAGGGCUGCAUUGCACAUGUAAACAGAAAAGGCAAAAGCCUGUGUUUAGCCUCAGUUGUACUUCAUUCUGGACCCUCAUACAGACAUCUGUGGAUAUUGACAGACCAUAGUUGUUGUAAGCAGCCAUGUAAUGUGUUCUGGUUGCAUCACAACUCAUUUUGAGAGACCGGCUGUCUUUUCGCCUGCUUCUCAUUUGCAAAAAGUUGAGGUCUUAGGUUACUUUAUGCAAAUCAAGGGCAUCUAACUACCAUUCAACACCUCUGGAAUCACUUGAAAAACUUUUGAAACAGCUAAUGCUAAUCUCCAUGGCUUAUUCCUGGCCUCAAAAGCGUUCAGAAACACAUUUCGACAAAAUGAGAGAAAGUUUCCAAGUAAGUUGCUAUGUUUGUUCGGUUUGAAAUCCAGGAGCUGACAGCCUACAAAUGAAGCCUUCGUCAAAUCAGGUGGAGUCAGUGUUUGCAAAGUUGUUUGAGGGUGUAGCCUACAUCUUUUAAGGUCUCUUGGAUGGCCCUGAUACAAAUUAGGCCAUUGAUUAGGCAAAUUAUACACUUUAGGCUGCACACAGAUGUCCAUUAAAAGGUUUGCACGGACAGAUUUGCGGAGAUGAUGAAAUUAAGUCUCACUGACUCUUGCACACUGACGGCAUCCACAACUGUCUUUCUCAACUCUCCAAGUCUGCGACAGUCUGGUAUACGGCUUAAUGGAAGACUAGGUGCAAUCCGAAAUUUGUGUCUGUGCAGUGACUACGCUACAAGGGCAGUGGUGUGCAUGUAAAGCAUACAUGAAUACAAGUAUGGAACAGAGUCCUCCUGGUAGACUCCAAGCAGACUAGACAGUAAUAUCAUGACCACAACUUCACAUCCAUGGUUCCACAGCUGUCCAUGUGCAUGUUUGCAAGGGAGUAUACUCAAGGCUGUAUAGUUUCUGCAUGUCCCAUUUUGUCAGGGUUCUGCAGGGGCCACGUGAUGUAAAUGUAGUUAUCUGCCCAUGUCCGCCAGAGUCUGCAUGAACACCUCAUUGGACAUUAGCCCAAAGUUUAUCAUAACUACGCUACAAGAGCAGUACAGCAAUUCCAUCUGACUGCAUGUAUGGAAUAGAGUUUUCCAAGUGGAUAGGAAGGUAGUAUAACUGUGCAUCUCUGAUGUCUGCAGCUGUCUAUAUGCUUGUCUGCCAGCGAAUAUGAUCAAGGUUUAAGGGGUCACCAGCUGAUUCUAGAAUAGUAAAAGUUUUUUUUUUUUUUUAAAUUGCUAGUGUCAAAUCUUUUCAGUGGUCUUUUUUUGAAACCGUUGCCUUGUUCUUGUGAAAUCCUGUAUAUUUUUUCUAUAAACUCAAUUGAUGAAACAACCUGCUUUGUGAUCGGGGUUCGCUAAAAAACAGCAGUUUGCUCAAAACCAUAUACAUAGUUUUGGAUAAGUGGUGUACAACACAUUAUCAGGGAGCAGCACUUGGUUCAUGUCCUGUAUCACUGACUGUGAUGAUCAGACUUGACCUUAUUGGACUGAAGAAGGUUGACGGAAAAACACACUCAUCCCACGACUUGCAUGGAAACCAUAGCUGUUCCUCUUGACCUGAAACUCGUGUCCUCACAAUUGGGAAGAAAAACUACCUUUGUGGUCUGUGUGCAGGUUCUGACAGGGACAAGUUCUAAGGUUCCCAUGGCUGACAUACUAAGCAGGCUCACACUGGAUGCAGUGUCCACUUAAAGCAAAGCCAUGAGUCUCACACAAUGACACGCUAUGAAUUUUGUGCGCAUUACGUGACAGAACAACAAAAUGAGUAUAGUGGAAUUUCUCAUGCUGUUGAAGUCCUAAAUGUUAAUGCUAAAGUAGGAGGGAUAAGGGUUUUGUUAUAUUUUUCUUCUGUGGUCCAGAGUUUCGAUCUCUGCAUUUACUUCCUUCACACUUAAACCACAUCACUUUCACAAUGGCUUGAAAAGUCUGACCAAAAUCACAGGCGGGAAUGUUUUUCUUUUUUCAUGAACCAUAAAUCCUCUUUCCCCUCAAACGUGUAGUCAGCCCCCUGAUUCUCUGCAGAGUGAAAUUUAGUUUCAUAUUACUUCACAGUCAGACAUUUGACUCAUUCACUAUCAAUCACUUUACUGUACAACUUACUGGUGUGUUAAACACUGUGUAUGUAAGUGUGUGCGCAGUAAAGGUCCAUGUGUGUGUAUGUGUGUGGGUGGAUGCAUGUGUGUCACACAGUUACGGUAUUACUGUUAUCAGGAAUUGACAUUUAUGGACUCAGGAUAAAACAUGUGACUCCCCCACCUACAACAUCAGUGACUCAAACACAGACACACACACACCGAUUUCACAUCACAGUUUACAGUUACAGUAAAACAUCCAGAGCAAACUACUGUACAGAGGCAACAAAAUUUGUAAUACACAUUUUCUGAGAAUUACAAGCACCAGACAUAAACAUGGAGAUUUUUUUUCUAAUAUAAAACUGCCGUUUGAGCAGAUUCGCUUUGAAAUAAACUCAUCUGAAACCA